GCAUGCGGAAAUCGACAACUGUUGACUGUGCCCUUUUGAUCCUACGCUAUGUCCUCUGAAUUCAACUCUGAACGCGCCAUAUCCGAAGAUAAUGGAAGGACCAUGGACGGCAUCGAAAAGAAAAGAGCUCAGAAUAGACUUGCGCAACGGAAUUAUCGUCGAAACGUCAAACAAAGAAUUCGUGAGCUGGAGGAACAAGUGGCGACACAGGCGAGCAUGCUUACUCUAUUAAGCGGACACACCGAAACCAAUAUGAAUAUCAACUCAUUAGCACUCACCCCCAACAUGAAUGAGCACGGAAGUUCAGGUGGUCUAGGUGCUUCUAACGAGUACGAGAAUUUUGAUCCGCAAUGUACAUUCCCAGUUCCGGAUGUCCUUGAGGCCCGCUCAGCAUAUUCUAGUGGCUCUAACGGCAUAGUGACGAAUGAUGAAGUAAAGCGAGCUUCGAAUUGUGCAGCUCCAGCUUUGGGAUCUGAAACUCCUAGCAGUCAUAUGAAUGAUUCAGACAGAAUUUACUCCGCCCAUAAAUCAAUUGACACCAUGGCUACGACACCUUCAUCUCAAAGCGCGCGCAGUGCGAGCACUUCAUCAUGGUCGUAUUUUAACAGUAACACAACUUCUUCUGUAGAUGCUUCUACACGAACUCCACCAGCGUCGACACUCGAAGCCAAGAUAGAGCGCAUAAUACAGGUAGCGAAGGAUUCUGGAUUCGAAAGUUUUGACGCCGCUAUCUGCUGCUACUACACGGCGAAGUUCGAACUGCCGGCCUGCUUGGUCAAUCAGCAAAGCAGCAGGACGCAUCAGUUGCCUGAAUUACUUGGCAAGAUUCGGGUUGAAAUACAAAACUGGGAGCCAAAUGAAUCGCAUUGCUAUCGACAAGAGAUACAUCGCUCCUCAGAGCAAUUACUAUUAUCGGAUCUUCUUCACUUCCACAAGUCGGCUGGCAAAGACUUACUGGCGCUGAUGAAAUCGUACAUGACUCAGCAAGUACCUAUCGAUUGGAAGCAUCUAGCGUGUCUCCUUCAGACCGAAGUAAGUUGAAGAUCGGCAUGAUUAGUUGACAAAAAGGUCUAAUCGAAUUAGCUUUCCGAGCUUUGGUAUUUCAGUAGCACUUUGCUUCACCAGUCAGUUGGACUGAACGGCUCACGAAUCCACUCACAGCUAGCAGCACUAGUUACUUCUUUGCUCUAUAUGCUCUACAGUUGCCCACUUGGUGACUGCAUGGAUAUGCUCAUUUACAUGCUCGGAUGCAUCAAAGCAUAAGAAGUUAAAUAGACCCUUGCUUGGGCCACUUCUCCCCUCCUCUCACCCCACUUUUAUUUUCUCUUUCGUGGACUGUGGACCUCACAUCAUACCAUCCCCAGAACAACAUC